UUUUUUUCAUUUGUUACUUGUGAACAAUAAUUCUCUUUUGAGUAAGAAAUCAAAGCUGUGGAUUUGAGCUAAGUUGGAAGAAAAAUAUUAUAAUGGAAAUACUCUUAAGAAUAAAUGGGUUUCAUCCUGGGUGGUAUUUCUUGACAUGUUCAAAAUCAUGUUGUUCUAUUUUGUUUAAUUAAUAUUUAUAUGAAACCCAUAGACUUAAUUUUUAAAAAUGUAAUAGAAUUGUGACUAAAACAGCAAUGAAAAAGGAGCCAAGUAGCAAUUUGAAGUGGGCUUCCUGUCUGUAAUAGAAUACUUCAUCUUUGUAUGAUUCCUUCUUGUUGCUAGGUUACCCAAAGACCUUUCAGCUUUGAGUGGCAAGAAUAUGAGAGUUAAAAAUAUAUUGCUAUAUAGAUGUUUCUUUUCCUUUUUUUCAUCUCCAUAUAAUUAGCAAACCCCUUGAAGCAAAAAUUACAGUUUUUCCUUCCAUGAGUUUCAAAAGCAAAUUAUUUGUAAGUUUUUUAGUUAUGCAGAUGUGCUUAUGUUCAUGGGAAAAUUGGAUUUUCAGAAUGAAAGAGCCAGUAAUUAUGGACUAGUCAGUGGUUUUUGUCUGCAACCACUUAAUGCUCUUUAAUUGGAUUUGAUUGAAGUAAGGCCCAUGGAUAUUAAUUUGGUUAAAAAUUGCACGUGCUUUUGAGUUUCUUUAGCAAAGCUAACAUGUUUAUGAGGAAAGAUAGAAAGUGUCAUGUUGGUUAACUCCAUGAUAUUCCAUAAUAAAUCUGUAGCUAAAGAAAAAGACAAGAUAUUUACUUGCUGAUGAAACUGUAAAUUAGGUAACAAAUAAUCACAAAAUUAUUGGCCCUUAUACAUAAUGUAUAUAGGCUAUCAUUCUUCUGCCAGAUGCAUCCUGGCUUAUGUUUUUGCACUAAAAAAAAUUAUAACUUGAGAAAUGUUACACAUGCAAUGUCUAUUUUGUUGGAAGUGAGAAAUACCUGUGCAAGUCUGAAAAGAAAUAGACCAAUGACAGAUUGUAUUAGGUAAGAUCUGAAUUAUUGCCUAGUGUAGCUAGGACAAAGCAUUCAUUUAAAAGUGAAUCAGUUAUUCUUUCUUUGUUAAGAUGCCAAGCAUUAUUAUCCAUGUGUAGUCUUUAAAAGGUAUGAUUGUGAAUAAGCGGAUCAGGUGCCAAUAUUGGGUUCCCACCCUCUCUCCCUGCUUAUUAGACUCUGCAUAUUACAAGGUUGGGAGUGUGGUUUAAUAUCUUAGGAAAGUGUUUCCAUAGUCAUGGAUACAGGAUAAUGUGUUAAAAGGCUGGCAAAUGUAUUGAGCUGUGCUAAGGAGAAGAUCACCUAAAAUAGCCUGGAAGAGACUGUUUUUGAUACCAGGUUUAGUAGCGUAAGCUGGAACAGACAGCUUAUUUUAUCUUCCAUGUGGAAGUAAGAUUGCUUUUUGAUAUUUUUCUAAUUUCAGAUUUAUGUUAGGAAUAUUCUCUGUUUCUUGAGGGGAAAAAAAAUCAGAUAGUUGGCUAAAAAAAUUUUAAGACCAAUAUUAAAGAAUACUGUCUUACAUGAGUAAAGCCAGAUGGAGAAGGCUCACCUUCCUUUACCCUUUUCUAAAAAUUGUUGUUACAUAGUCUAGGCUUUUAUUUUGGAAUAGGGUGGCAGUUGUCAUUGGUGCUGGAUCACACUGAAGAAGUCUUGUGGGUGGAGAGUUUGCUGAUGCUUAAGUUGCUGUGAGUAGGUAUAGCUUUCCGUGCAGUGUUUUUUUUUUUAUUUGGUACCAGGAACACUGACAAUCAUGACCACUGGGAAAGAUAAAAAUUUUGAUGAUGAAGAUUCUGUGGAUGGUAAUAGACCUUCCUCUGCUAGUUCUACAUCAUCCAAGGCUCCGCCAAGCUCACGGAGAAAUGUUGGAAUGGGGACCACCCGCCGACUUGGAUCAUCUACUCUUGGAUCCAAGUCUUCAGCUGGAAAAGAAGGAGCUGGUGCUGUCGAUGAAGAGGACUUUAUUAAAGCAUUUGAUGAUGUACCUGUAGUACAGAUUUAUUCCAGCCGAGACCUUGAGGAAUCCAUAAACAAAAUUAGGGAAAUAUUAUCUGAUGACAAGCAUGAUUGGGAGCAGAGAGUAAAUGCUCUAAAAAAGAUUAGAUCUUUACUUUUGGCUGGUGCUGCUGAGUAUGAUAACUUCUUUCAACAUUUACGUCUUUUGGAUGGAGCCUUUAAACUCUCUGCUAAGGAUCUGCGGUCUCAGGUAGUGCGGGAGGCUUGUAUCACUUUAGGGCAUUUGUCAUCAGUUCUGGGGAAUAAGUUUGACCAUGGAGCUGAAGCCAUUAUGCCAACUAUCUUUAAUUUAAUUCCAAACAGUGCCAAAAUUAUGGCCACUUCUGGUGUUGUAGCUGUUAGGUUAAUUAUUCGGCACACACACAUCCCUAGGCUAAUACCUGUCAUAACAAGCAACUGUACCUCUAAGUCUGUUGCAGUUAGAAGGCGCUGUUUUGAAUUUUUAGAUUUGCUUUUACAAGAGUGGCAGACACAUUCACUGGAACGACACAUAUCAGUAUUAGCUGAAACGAUAAAGAAGGGAAUACAUGAUGCCGAUUCAGAAGCAAGGAUAGAAGCCAGAAAAUGUUAUUGGGGUUUCCACAGUCACUUCAGCAGAGAAGCAGAGCAUUUGUACCACACCUUGGAGUCGUCCUACCAGAAAGCCCUGCAGUCCCAUCUGAAGAACUCAGACAGCAUAGUGUCUCUGCCUCAGUCCGACCGCUCGUCCUCUAGCUCUCAAGAGAGUCUGAAUCGGCCACUCUCUGCCAAAAGAAGUCCUACCGGAAGUACCACAUCUAGAGCUUCCACAGUUAGUACCAAAUCUGUGUCAACAACUGGGUCCCUCCAGCGGUCUCGAAGUGAUAUUGACGUGAACGCAGCUGCCAGUGCCAAAUCAAAAGUCUCCUCGUCUUCAGGCGGGACACCUUUCAGCUCUGCCGCAGCUUUGCCUCCAGGGUCGUAUGCAUCCUUAGAGUCCAGACACAUGAGGGAAGACAUGGAGUACAUAGGCCUGAACUCAGAUGGUACUACCACUAAAGCGGAGGGUCGCAUCCGCACGAGAAGGCAAAGCUCUGGGAGUGCCACCAACGUCUCCUCUACACCCUCUGAUAAUCGGGGCCGCAGCCGUGCUAAAGUUGUUUCACAGUCCCAGCGAUCCAGAUCUGCUAAUCCUGCUGGUGCUGGCAGCCGGUCAAGUUCCCCAGGAAAAUUGUUGGGAAGUAGUUAUGGUGGACUUGCUGGGGGUUCCUCAAGAGGCCCACCUGUGACACCAUCUUCAGAAAAGCGAAGCAAGAUUCCCAGGAGUCAGGGAUGUAGCCGAGAAACAAGUCCCAACCGAAUAGGAUUAGCACGGAGCAGCCGUAUCCCUCGACCCAGCAUGAGUCAGGGGUGCAGCCGCGAUACCAGCCGUGAGAGCAGCCGAGAUACAAGCCCUGCUCGGGGCUUCCCUCCACUUGACCGGUUUGGGCUUGGCCAGCCAGGAAGAAUACCUGGUUCUGUGAAUGCCAUGCGAGUUUUGAGCACAAGUACAGAUCUUGAAGCUGCUGUUGCUGAUGCUUUGCUGUUAGGAGACUCCAGGAGCAAGAAGAAACCUGUGAGGAGGAGAUAUGAGCCAUAUGGGAUGUAUUCUGACGAUGAUGCCAACAGUGAUGCCUCGAGUGUUUGCUCUGAGCGCUCAUAUGGCUCCAGGAACGGGGGCAUUCCCCAUUAUCUGCGGCAGACUGAGGAUGUAGCAGAAGUUCUCAACCACUGUGCUAGUUCAAACUGGUCAGAAAGGAAAGAAGGGCUUCUGGGCCUGCAGAACUUACUGAAGAGCCAAAGAACACUAAGUCGAGUAGAAUUGAAAAGAUUGUGUGAGAUCUUCACCCGGAUGUUUGCUGACCCACACAGCAAGAUUGCUGAUUCAGAAGCAGAAUGUGAGGAUAAAGAAGUAAAUUUGUUUCCAUCAGAAGGCUCUUGUACAGUGAGUUUGGAGAGAGUUUUCAGUAUGUUUUUGGAGACUCUUGUGGAUUUUAUAAUAAUUCAUAAGGAUGACUUGCAAGAUUGGCUUUUUGUUCUUCUUACACAAUUACUUAAGAAAAUGGGAGCAGAUUUACUUGGAUCUGUGCAAGCAAAAGUUCAGAAGGCUCUAGAUGUCACAAGGGACUCCUUUCCAUUUGAUCAACAAUUUAACAUUUUGAUGAGAUUUAUUGUGGAUCAAACUCAAACUCCAAACCUCAAGGUCAAAGUUGCAAUCCUGAAAUACAUUGAGUCUCUGGCCAGACAGAUGGAUCCAACAGAUUUCGUAAACUCUAGUGAGACAAGGCUUGCUGUUUCUCGAAUCAUAACCUGGACAACAGAACCAAAGAGUUCAGACGUGAGAAAGGCAGCACAAAUUGUGCUAAUCUCUCUGUUUGAACUGAAUACUCCUGAAUUUACCAUGUUACUUGGUGCCUUGCCAAAAACAUUCCAGGAUGGUGCCACCAAACUCCUGCAUAAUCACCUCAAGAAUUCCAGUAACACCAGUGUGGGCUCUCCAAGCAAUACGAUUGGCAGGACACCCUCCCGGCACACCAGCAGCAGGACUAGCCCCCUGACCUCACCCACCAACUGCUCCCAUGGGGGUCUGUCUCCAAGUCGGUUAUGGGGUUGGAGUGCCGAUGGGUUAUCGAAGCACCCACCUCCCUUUUCUCAGCCUAACUCCAUUCCCACCGCUCCCUCCCACAAGACUCUCAGGCGCUCUUACUCUCCCAGCAUGCUGGACUAUGAUACAGAGAACCUGAACUCUGAAGAAAUCUAUAGUUCUCUGCGUGGAGUUACAGAAGCCAUUGAAAAGUUUAGUUUUCGAAGUCAAGAGGAUCUGAAUGAGCCGAUUAAACGAGAUGGCAAAAAGGAUUGUGAUAUUGUGUCCCGAGAUGGGGGCGCGGCGUCCCCGGCCACUGAGGGCCGGGGCGGUAAUGAAGUGGAAGGAGGCAGGACGGCGCUGGAUAACAAGACCUCCCUCCUCAACACCCAGCCUCCACGCGCCUUCCCAGGGCCACGGGCACGAGACUACAACCCGUAUCCCUACUCAGACACCAUCAACACCUACGACAAGACAGCCCUGAAGGAGGCCGUGUUCGACGACGACAUGGAGCAGCUUCGAGACGUGCCCAUUGACCAUUCUGACCUGGUGGCUGACCUUCUGAAGGAGCUGUCCAACCACAACGAGCGGGUAGAGGAAAGGAAGGGCGCCCUGCUGGAGCUGCUCAAGAUCACGCGGGAGGACAGCCUGGGGGUCUGGGAGGAGCACUUCAAGACCAUUCUGCUCCUGCUGCUGGAGACCCUCGGAGACAAAGAUUAUUCAAUUCGAGCACUAGCAUUGAGAGUUCUGCGGGAAAUUCUGAGAAACCAGCCAGCAAGAUUUAAAAACUAUGCCGAGCUGACGAUCAUGAAGACUCUGGAAGCCCACAAAGACUCCCACAAGGAGGUGGUGAGAGCUGCUGAGGAGGCCGCGUCUACGCUGGCAAGUUCUAUCCACCCAGAGCAGUGCAUCAAGGUGCUCUGCCCCAUCAUCCAGACGGCCGACUACCCCAUCAACCUCGCCGCCAUCAAGAUGCAGACCAAAGUCGUCGAGAGGAUCGCCAAGGAGUCCUUGCUGCAGCUCCUCGCUGACAUCAUCCCUGGCUUGUUGCAGGGUUAUGAUAACACCGAGAGUAGUGUGCGGAAGGCCAGCGUGUUUUGCUUAGUGGCAAUUUAUUCCGUAAUCGGAGAGGAUCUGAAACCUCACCUUGCACAGCUGACAGGGAGCAAGAUGAAGCUACUAAACUUAUAUAUAAAGAGGGCCCAGACCACGAACAGCAACAGCAGCUCCUCCUCCGACGUCUCCACGCACAGCUAGUGGCAGCGCCAGUCUCUCGUGUAGACCUAGAAGCAAUCGGUGGUGCCUCAGAGACCUCUCCCCACCCCGCCAUCGGCUGCCCCGUCAGUGCAAGGAGGCCCGCAAAUAUUUAUUACAAUCAGUAUUUUGGUCCCUUCCAGCUUUUGUGUAGAAUCUUACUGGUAUUGAAUGUAAAGGAAGCAAGGCCUGUGUUGCAGUCUUCACACAAAACAAAAGGAAUCAGAGAAGAAAAGAGCCAUACUGAAACAUGUCUUGUACACUGCUGAGAUCAGGAACCGUGGGGGCACAGUUCAAUCAGAGCUGUCUAGCCACUGCUUGGUAAAAAGUAGCAUUUUUUUUUUCAGUUAAUAACAGAUUUGGGGGGUGGGUGGGAUGUUACUUUGUGUUCCUCCUUCUUAGCGUAUUCUCUAGUGAGUGUGGUCUGUGUGGGGCAAAGCCAGCCCCUUUCACAGCCAGCACCGUGAAGGGUUGUCUGUCUUUGUGUUUUGAGACCUACUAAAAAUGGGAAUCAAGUCUUGACAAGCAAAGGAGAAAAGCCUGAAGAUGGCCUUUUAACAAGCACUGGGAAUUUCACUUGUCUUGUCCAGACGGGAGGCCAGCUUGCCCUCGCUUUUAGCAUAGACUCAGGCGUGCACCCUCCGAGUCUCCCUCCAGCCCUCUACCCCAGAGCUUUCAUGCAAAAGAAUCCUUCACGUUUAAUUCCAGACACAAAAAUAAGGUAAAUUUAUAGUGUCAUUUAGGGAUGCAUGAAAUGGCAUUUCACAAGGCACAGAAGAUAGAAGAGAAGUCGUCUGUUGUACUACUAAGAUCUCGGGGAUUCUGCCAGGACCCUCGUCCUCAAGGGUACUUGGUGACUCAGAUGUAGCAUGAUCUUUCUUCUCCCUGCAAGCUUUGCCUAAGCUGUUCAGUUCUGAAAUGUUCUCCGUUGAUCUGGUCAAUGGCGACUUUACCAUCUCAGUUUUGACUUCUCUAUUUAAUUUGAGAUUAAGAACAAAGUAUAGAGACCAGCCAUCAGAACCAUUUUUUAAAUUAUUUUAUAAACCAAAGUACUUCCUUGAUUGUUGAAAUAGUCAUUUGUUUAAGGAAAAAGUAAUUAUGAUACGUGGCAGAUUGCAGAAAAAUAGGAGUUGAAAGGCUUUUUUAAAAAAAGAAAAGCCCACUUUUAGAGUGUUUCCUUUCCUUCCACAGGGAACCACCAGGUCCCCUUUUUAACCUCUUGAGAGUGUGAUCGCUCUAAUAAAAGCAACUGUAGAUUUGAAGUCUGGUUGAGUAAGUGUUGAGUAAAAUUCCCAAGCCAAAUGGAAAUUAUUAUUACAAUCAUGACGACUUCUAUUGUCUCCUACUGUUCCAUUUUAGAUCUUUUAAAUUGAACUGAUUUUUCCAUGAGGAAAAAGCUUCUUGAUGUUAAUUUUAAUGCUGUUCCAGUGCAGAGUCCACUGCAGCCGGUAGGCCGGAUGGCGGAGGCUGGGGCACUCGAGUGGUGGGUGCCACCGCUGAUUUCCACAGACCCCCCUUCUGCUCUGACCCUCUAGAUGUGAUGUGGGAAGUUGCGAAAGACACGCUUGGACACAUUUGGAAAUAAGCACUGAAAAUGAAGGCCCCCGUAAUGCCUGGGACGGUGAAGCCAGGGUGCGGCCGCUGCUCUGUGUGUGCGCGUGCAUGUGCAUGUGGGGGUGUCUCACACGCGUGCAGCGCCCCACUGCCGCUGUUAGGGAACUUCAGGGGUACAUUUUAAGUGGUCAGAUACUAGUGACUGACUUUGGCUCAAAACUAGCAGGACCAGGCCUUACUUUCAUUGAUAAAUUUUGUUUGUUAGUAUUUCAUUAAUAGUAGUUCUUUUUUAUACUGUACAAGUGAGUCGGGGCGUCUUCUGGCUACUCCUCUGUUGUAGGAGCGCGCGUCUGGCUAGGCUGUUUACGGGCUCCUGUGUGUAUGCCGACCGCAGUUAGGAACACCUCCCUCCUUGAGCUCUCUGACUCCCAAAAGGUCGGUCACCCAGUCCUCGGUGUUGUUGGAAGGAUCUCGAGCAUUGCCUGAUGUCCUCUCAGUACUCACAAAGGGCUAGCCUUGAAUGUCACUCGCCCAGGCUUCAGUCUCCCGACUUAAGAGAGGAACAGUCACUUCACGGAUCUCUUGGCCUCGAUUUGAAAACCGCUGCCCGCUGCACCGAGGAGACUCGCAUGCCGCCGCCACCUCACUGGGACGGCAGCUGCGCCCACUGCCGCCUCCCGAGCCUGACAGCUGCAGCUGCCUUGCCUUGCCGCCGCCUCCCCGCAGGGCCCCUGCUCCGACGAAACAAAGAACACAAAAGAGCAAAGCACCCAAAACUGUUGCCUCCCCUGUCUACCUGACUGCAGGGCCCUGACGCCCCCUCGCCCGCCGCCCGGGCCGGUCUGCCCAACUCGUUCCCCUCAGCCGCUGCCUCCCUCUCAGCAGGGUCUGGGCAGGGGCGGCCGGUCCUGGGGCAGCGGCGCCUUGGCGUGGCGCGCACCGUGUGCGCGUCCCGGCCCUGUGGCCUCGCCACAGCCUGCCUUUUCUAUGCGCCUCACUUGCUUACCACCCUGUGCAGGUAAUGCAACCAGUUUUAUCUCAUAAAUCUUUUUCUUUCCCUGCCACCCUUUAUUUAUCAAGCAUAAUGUUACACUUUGAAGGACAGCAAAUGAGAACUUUGUAGAAUCCCACCAGGACUUUGCUAACAAUAAUGUUUGGAAAUGAAAACAGAAAUGCUGUGAAAAAUAUCAGCCACCAAAAUAGUUUUGCUGGAGCUGUGUUCACACGCAUGGUCCCCACACCCCCAGGUUGGGUGGGUUUUUUUGUUCUUUGGGUUUUUUUGGGCUUUUUCAUGUUACAUUCAUAUCUGUAUUUAUAUCUUAUUUGUUUCACUUUCAAGUGUAUCAUGGCAAAUGUACAGAUUUUUUUGUUAAUAAUGUGCUAGGAUUUGCUAAAAAAGAAAACAACAAAAAAAACCCUUUUGAGUUUGCCCUAGAAUAAAUGAGACCUAAUUCA